AUGGCUCUCAACGGAGUGAAUCACGGUGCUAAUCAGACCAAUGGCAAACGACAAGAGCUCUCAGGACGCGGGUCGUCACUUUACACGGUGGACAGGCUUUCUCCGCGAACCGCAUACAGCAGUGGGAAUUUGCCACCAAUGCAUCACCACCAUCAUCAUCAUCAUCAUCAACAACCACCACAAACCCCAUUUGAUCUCACUUAUGGCGCAUCCUUGCUUCCAUCACAUCUUUUAUUAAACUCGCCGUACAUAGCGACUCCGCACUCGAAUCCGGUACCCAAUGGACGGUACCAUGUACCGUACAGCCAUCAGGCGCUGCCGUUGCGUAUGCCUCCAGUGCCCCACGACAAGCGUGGGCCCCGGAGGCACAAAAAUCAGCAUCUAGUGGACGAGCAAACACGCCGGACCGCUUACGAAAUCGCCUACGAGGUGCUGCCACCAACGGUGACAGACGACGAGUAUCGCACGCCAUCGCUGCUGUUCUCCAACCUCAGCCCCGAUCUGCAUCUCCAUGACUUUCUCAGCAAAUUCGACAAGUGUGACAGACUCGAAAGUGUCUACCGCGUUGACUCAGACAACGACAAACAGUCCAUCCUGGUCAGUUUUCUUACCCAGGAAACAUGUUUGGAUUUUUACAACGGCGUACUGCAAAGACUUUCGGAAUUCAAAAAACAGCUAAAAUCCCAGAAACUGACUUUGAAUUUUGUGCGACUUCAAGAUGCAGAUUCGGGCCCAACACGCCAGGAAGUCCGGAAUCAAGUACUCCGCACGGGCGCAACCCGAUCUGUGGUUUUGGAAUUUGGGUCCGACAUAUCGCCCACGAGCUUAUUUGAAAAACUCCCAUUUCUCGAAAAUCGGGGCCCCCGCUACAUCGCGGAGUGCAUCGAAUUCGUGAACACCAAUCGCAUCUCGAGGCAUUUGAGCUCUCACUACGCCGUCGUCUGUUUUAUCAGCAUUGCCAUGGCUAUUGAAACCAUCGAAUACCUCGAGGCACACAAAAACACCAUCCAAGACUUGAGGAAAGUACAGUACGUCACAACAACUUCUACGUCCGGCAAGUCUGAGCUACGUUCUCUUUCGGGCUCGCAGAUUAAUUUGCGCGAAUCUUCGAUUACUUCGCGCUCUUCUAGCGCUGCAGCACACGAUUUUCCUCCUGCUAACCCUGAAAUCGCACACUCUAAUAUGGCCAUGAAGACUCUAAAGAUACUGCCAGAACUUUAUGACCCCCCGAUUUUAGUAGAGCACAACCAGCACCCCUCCCAUAUCGCUGCAUCUAAACCACUUAACCUGGACUCCGUCGCAAGUGGCUCUUCCGAUAACGUCUCGUCACCAGCGCCACAAGAAAUGCUCAUAAAUGAUUUCGACCCUUCUCCGCGCGGUAGCAUGGUGUCUCUCAUCCAAUCUGAUACACCAGCGCAAUCUCAUGCAUUUCCACAUUAUCCAUACUAUGUUGAUAUGGCAAAGCCUCUGGGACACACUCUGCAACAGCAAUUCACAACCACAGCACAAGUUGCAUCAGCUAUGGGCAGCGGCGUUGGUAACAGGACGGUCUACAUCGGAAAUAUUAACCAGCGCUCGAAAGCAGAGGAUAUCUGUAAUGUUGUUCGUGGUGGUCUGCUACAAAGCGUAAAAUUCAUUGCGUCCAAACAGAUAUGUUUUGUUACAUUUAUUGAUGCUGCCGCUGCGGUUCAAUUCUUUGCCAAUUCCUCGAUUGAGCCGAUUGUUUUACAUGGAAAUGUCUUGAAAGUCGGGUGGGGUCAUCAUUCGGGGGACUUACCUCAAUCGAUAUCUUUAGCGGUGACCGUUGGUGCUAGUAGAAACGUGUACGUCAGUCUACCUGAGCAUGCUUUCAAGGAUAAAUUCAUAAAUGAUCCUGAAUACCAAAACUUGAAAGAAAAAUUCCAUCUCCCAUCAAAGGAAACUUUACUACAGGAUUUCAGAGUGUUUGGUGAUAUAGAGCAAAUCAAUUUUCUACCAGACGGACAUUGUUGCUGGAUCAACUUCAUGAAUAUAUCCAAUGCCAUAAAGCUUGUCGAAGAUGUCAAUAACUCCAGAAACGCGGAGACCUUUCAUGAAAGGUUUCAAAAUAGAUACCGAGGAUUGGUUAUCGGAUACGGAAAGGACCGUUGUGGCAACAUCAACAAGAACUUGGUGGCUAAUAAAAACUCGAAGCAUUACAAGAAAGUCAAGAAAACGAGUUACAAAAUAAGACUAAGGCAACAGCAAGAAAAGGGCGCUCAUGGUAACGGCUCACCCGCUGACGCUGGUAAUGAACAUAAAAUUCUGAAAGCAGACGCAUUUGGCAUUUCUUUGUCAGACGAGAAGGAGCCUGUCAGAGAUUCGGAUGAAGAACAAAAGCUGGAAGAAAAGGAGCUACUGCGACUUAGCCGCGACGAUAACGAAUUAGACGAAGGGCUGGGAAUCUCAUUGCCUCACAGUCCUGCGGAACAAUUCAAAAACAACGAGAGUGAAUCUUCGGACUCAUCAGAUGUAGAUAUCAUCGUUUCGAGCCAAGCUUCUGAUCAUGGCAACCAAUUAGAUGACGAAGGACAUCAGUUUUCAAAGAAAGGAGACAGUCGCCAGAGCAUAGUCAAUGCAACGGUCACUGACCACCCACAUGCAUUCAGGAGGUUUCCGCCAAUGGUUUCGAGCACAUCGCUGGACGCUGUACCGCCGUUGGCGCCUUCGACCAUGACGCGACAAUUUAAAAUUGCCAGCCAGCGCGGUAAGCAAGAUGAUUUUUAUGGCAACGGCUUUGACGGUGUCGACAAAAAGGGCCUUGCAACAGAUCGGAACUCGAGACGUCCACAUUCUCAAGGAUCGUCCAAACGUGGUAAGUCCAAGGCAAUUCCUGGCUCGGAUGUCAUGGCCCAGUACCUGGCUCAACUUCAGCAUUCCACCUUCAUGUAUGCCGCAAACAUCCUUGGAGUGGACGAUGGAGAAUCCCCAAGCUACUAUGACGAGAAUGGUUGUGCAGAGCCCAUGGCAUAUGAAAAUUCGCAAUCACGCCGAACAACACGCUAA